AUGAACGCGGCGUACGUAAAACCACCUAAACCGCUGGCAGUGGAUACUGACAACGCAGCACAGGCAUGGAGUCAGUGGCAUCAGCAGUACACAUGGUUUUCAGUGGCUGCAGAACUGGAGAAAAAACCAGCGGAGAUUCAAGUGGCCACGUUUAUGACGGCAAUAGGGCCGGAGGCACUUAAUAUUUAUAAUUCGUUUUCACUAAGCGAUGUGGAAAAAAAGAGUGUCUCAACAAUUAUAAAAAAGUUUGAUGAAUAUUUUGCACCUAAAGUAAACGUUACUUUUGAGAGAUACUCAUUUAACAUCAUGACACAGAAAUCUGGGGAACCGUUCGACGAGUUUCUAACGAGAAUAAAGAACCAAAGCAGAAAAUGUGAAUUUGGUGAGCUAACGGACGCUUUACUGCGAGACAAAAUUGUUUGCGGCGUUCAAAGUGACGCCGUUCGAGAGAAGCUGCUAUCUGUCGAAGAGAUAACCUUGGAAAAGGCAAUUAAGACUUGUCGAGCUAGCGAAGCAGCAACGCAACAACUAAAAGAGCUUCACAAAGAAGACACGGAGGUUAAUGUUCUAAAAAAAGUAAAACAGAGAAAUGCACAGUAUGCGCACUCGUCCUACUCAACUCCAAAAGCAAAACUAAAGCAAAAAGAGCGCGAGUGUAGGUUUUGUGGGUAUCUGCAUGAGGAAAACCGUUGUCCGGCCUACAACAAAAGUUGCAAUCAAUGUCACCGCAGAGGGCACUUCGCAAAAAUGUGUUUAAGCAGAAAACAACGAGUAUUUGAGCUUACUAAAGAAGCGACGCCAGAACGAGUAGAAAGCGAAGAAAAUAUAAGUGAAGACGAAUUGUUCGUCAACACAGUUAAUACAAACUUCGACACUAGCCGCAGCUGGUGUGAGCAAAUUAUUGUUGAAAAUAGAACAAUUAAGGUGAAGCUCGAUUCUGGAGCUCAGUGUAACGUCUUACUGAAGUCGAUUUGCAAUAAAAUGAAAAUUAAAAUUUUACCGGCUACAACGAAAAAAUUGGUAGCUUUUAACAACAGCAAAGUGAGUGUAUGUGGCGAAAUUAACGCGAAGUGCCAAGUCCGCGACAAAAAUUUAACAAUUAACUUCAAAAUUGUUGACGGUGCAGUUUCGCCUUUACUAGGAAAAGAGGAUUGUGAACGAAGCGGCCUAAUUUUGCGAGUAACCGAACUAAAGUCGGACGAUGAAAUCUUCAGUGGGCUUGGAUGCGUGAGGAACUAUGAGUAUGAUAUAGAUUUGAUUCCAAAUCCCCGCUUCGAGACAUAUGCUGCAAGGAAAGUGCCUCAUAGUAUACGGGACGAAGUAAAGAAGGAAAUUGAUAAAAUGGUAAGCAUGAACGUUUUAGAAAAAACUAAUGAAGUCACGCCAGCGGCUUCCCCCAUGGUAGUUAUAAGACAGAAAAACAAAAUACGAAUUUGCAUUGAUCCUUCAGAUAUAAACAAGAAUCUCAUUCGAAGAUACUACCCACUAAAGACAGUUGAGGAGAUAGUAGCGAGAGUUAAAGGCUCGAAGUGGUUUACUCUUUUGGAUUGUAAACGCGGAUUUUGGCAAAUGAAAGUGUCUCCUCGAACAUCCAAAAUUUUAACAAUGGCUACACCUUGGGGUAGAUAUUCUUAUAAAAGAUUGCCGUUUGGAUUGGCAUCGGCACCAGAGGUAUACCAAAAAAUUAUGUCUGACCUUCUAGAAGGAGUUGAAAAUGUUGAAGUAUCCAUGGACGACGUUCUAAUAUUUGCGAAAACUAAAGAAAAAUUACACGAAAUUACACAAACAGUAAUGCAAAAGCUAAAGAGUUGUGGUCUUAAGCUCAACAAAGAAAAGUGUGUUUUUGCUACUAAUCGAAUUAAGUUCUUAGGUCAUGUCUUAACCGAAAACGGGCUGUGUGCGGAUCCGGAUAAGAUAACAGCCAUCCGCAAUUUGAAUCAACCCAAAAAUAAAACCGAGCUACAACGUCUUUUGGGCAUGGCUACUUAUCUAAGUAAGUUUAUAAAAAAUUUUUCCGAAAUAACGCAACCUUUGCGUAUUUUACUUAAAAAAGACUCCGCAUGGAUUUGGGCAGAACCUCAAAAAGCUGCAUUUAAACGGCUGAAAUCGGUGUUUUCCAGCGCGCCAGUGUUACGGUUUUACGGCCCAAACAUCGACGUCAAAUUGCAGGUAGAUUCAAGCAACGCAAGUGUAGGCGCAGUAUUACUGCAAGAUGAUCAGCCAGUUGCGUACGCCUCAAAGGCACUAACAGCUCACCACAGCACGAAAUUGAACCCGUUGUCAAAUCUAGGUAUGGACGGAUAA